AAACCGAGACUAAGCGUCAGUGAUGAUGGUCAGUUUGAUGUAUUCAGAUUUGUGUGUGAAAUAUCAGGGUCAGAGUCAGUAACUGCUGAUUUUAGCUGUAAUCUCUACACUGGAGAAAAUCCUCAGCUUUUCCUAAACCGAACAUCUCAAAAGGGAAACUCUGGGAAGGUUUGUAGAUUUAAAGCACAGAGAGACGCUGUGUUUAAUCGUCUGCAGUCAGUAAAGAGUCGUGAAGUGAGCUGUGAUUAUUCACUGAUCUCUGACCCGACUGCUCGCUCUCUAAUGAGUGAUAAAUACAACAUGAUGCAUUUCUUUACACCAACAUUAUCAACAACAACAACAACAACAGCAACAACAAUAAUAACAACAAUAACAAGUGAUAAAUACAACAUGACACGUUUCUUUCCUACACCAACACAGCCGUCCAUCACUACUGAGAAAUCCACUGCAUAUUCCUCUUCUGAAUCAACACAGCAGUCCGUCACUACACAGAAAUCCACUGCAGGAUCGCUGCCUACCGUACUGUCAGUCACCGGUGUGUGUGUUUUACUGGCUGGACUGAUGGGCUUCUGUCUCUGCGUGUGUAUCAACAAGCAGAAGACUGAGAGCAGAUGUAAAUUGAACACGACCCACCGUGAUCAGGGAGUCAUGAUGUCCGUGCUCAAUAUGAAUAAUUCCGGCUCAGAAACUGCUGGAACUUAUUCUGUGAUCAGCUCAGUACCCUUACCGUCCCUGCCUUUAGACACCAGUGGAGACAUAAAAGUGUAUUCUAAGAUAACAGUGGUCGACACGUAUCAUGUGUACAGCUCCAUCCCUGACACACACGUGACCACCAAUGACGCAGUGUACAGCCUGCUGCAGAUGCACUGAUGUAUAUUACACCUUAAUGAAUGUAAAUAGUUAUUUACAAUAUUAUUCUUAUGUCUGUUAUGCCUUAAAAUGUGCUUUAAUUGAAUAGCUUGCUUUUGGAUUUGAAAUGAAUUGGACUUCUGCUGGCUUGUAACUGCAAUGUCACUGAAUGGAGCCUAGUUUGGGGUGAAAAUUGCGGCCUUAUCUCUUAAAGUGAUGUAAAGGGGUGUAAUGACUUAAAGGUGAUGUUUAUUCAUGCAUGCUGUCACUUCUUCUAUCUCUAGAUUUAUAUAAAAUAUAAAACGUUUCAUUAAAAUGCGCAUUAAGCCGAUCACGUGACCAGUGCGCGUUUCCUGGGGUGCAAAGUUAAUAGAUGUCCCACCAACAACAACAAACCGUAUGACGUUAAAAAGCGACGCGCUGGUUUCCAAAUGAAGGCCUUUUAAAUACCAGAACAAGAUGAUAUUAACACAAAUAAUAUUCGCAAAACAUCAGAGGUUUAAACCGCACAAACUCUCCUAAUGACGCCGCUGCUAUCUAAACAAACAUGUACAGCCUAGGACUUGACAUAAAUGAACCACAGAACUGUUCUGCAGUACCGGAAUGUGUCCACUAGAGGGCAGGAAAGACUUCACUGAACGCCCAGGUGUCGAUUUAAUACCUAAUGCGUGACCGUGCAAAAGUUUGCACACCCGUAGGGUGAAACAAAGCAGUAAAGACAAAACACUGUAGUUUGAAGCAACAAGGCAUUUAGUGUAUGUUUCACAGAUGUUCCUUUAAUAUCACAGAUAAAAUAAAAUACAUUACAGUGAAAGAGCAUCCAAAAGCUGUUAUAAAAUAAUUCAUAAAUAAAGACAAAUAGUUGUCAGAGACUUUUUAUAUUGUAAUAAUAAAGACGCAAAGUUUUGAACUAGUUUUCUAUAACCUGCACAUCACAGGUUUAUAUUAAAGCACUUUUUCUAAUACUUUAUUGUUUCUAUAGUAACCGCUCAUUCACUGGGAUGUUUUUUUGUUUUAAUUGUUGAUAUGGAGAAGUUUUAUGUAAGGAUGUGUUUAUAUAUGAUUUAUGGAAGGAGUCUCCAGUGUCAGAGCUUUGUAACAGUAAAGCUGUAGCUAUAAAUGGAUUUUUUUUUUUUUAAAGUCUCAUUUUUAAUAAGUUCCAUUUUGUAAGAGGAAUAAAACACUUGCGGACGCGCUGUUAGACAAAAAGAUUCAAAGUUGGCUUAGUAACUGUAAGUCGGCUUCAUCUCACCAACCUGUUGUUGAUUAUUUUCCCAAAACAGCACAACACAGAGUGUUUAUUCUUUACUCAUGGUUAACGUAUUGAUGUAGUCGCUACAGUUUUGCCUCUUUGUGAACUGCACAUUGUAUAAAUGAUUUUUAUUAAUUGAUGUAUUUGUGAUUUUGCAGAUUUGUUCAUCUAUAAUGUAAUAAACAUCUUGCUGAAGGUCA